UAUCGAUCGGGUUCUUCGACAGAAAAGUGUUACUGGUGAAAUCUAGCUGGUAGCUCAGCAGAAGAUCUGUCAGUCCAAAAAAGGAGUUUGUGUGUCGGAUCCUCCGCACCUUCGCUGUUGUCGUUCGGCUACGACCCGCUAAGAUGACGGAGCUGAGACACCGUGGAGCCCGAGACACCGAGCCGCUCCAGCAGCAGCCGUCAGAGGACAAGGGUUCAGACAGUGAGCUGAAGGUGGACAAAGAUGGGGUGUCAGACAACGAGUCCAAGGUGGACUCUGGAGUCCCAGAGGUGCCGGUUCCUGCUGAUGACACCCCCGAGGUUCUGAACAAGGCCCUGUCGGGACUCUCCUCAAGAUGGAAGAACUGGUGGGUACGAGGCAUCCUCACACUAGCCAUGAUCUCCUUCUUCUUCUUCAUCAUCUACCUGGGCCCCAUGGUGCUUAUGAUGAUUGUCCUCUGUGUUCAGAUCAAGUGCUUCCAAGAAAUCAUCACCAUUGGCUACAGUGUGUACCACUCCUACCACCUGCCCUGGUUCAGGACGUUGAGCUGGUACUUCCUGCUGUGUGUGAACUACUUCUUCUACGGUGAGACUGUGACAGACUACUUCUUCACACUGGUGCAAAGAGAGGAGCCCCUUCGCAUCCUCAGCAAAUACCACCGUUUUAUCUCCUUUGCCCUCUACCUCACAGGCUUUUGCAUGUUUGUGCUGAGUUUGGUGAAGAAACACUACCGCCUCCAGUUCUACAUGUUUGGGUGGACCCAUGUGACUCUGCUGAUCGUAGUGACUCAGUCCCACCUCAUCAUUCACAACCUGUUUGAGGGGAUGAUCUGGUUCAUUGUGCCCAUUUCCUGUGUGAUCUGUAAUGACAUUAUGGCCUACAUGUUUGGGUUCUUCUUUGGCCGAACUCCACUCAUCAAGCUGUCACCUAAGAAGACGUGGGAGGGAUUCAUCGGGGGUUUCUUCUCCACCAUUGUGUUUGGCAUCAUGCUUUCCUAUGUCAUGGCUGGCUACCGCUACUUUGUGUGUCCAGUGGAGUUCAACAACGACUCCAACAGCUUCCAGGUGGACUGUGAGCCAUCAGAGCUUUUUCAGCUGCAGGACUAUGCCCUACCCGGCAUUCUGGAGUCUGUCACUGGAUGGACCACAGUGCGUCUGUAUCCAUUCCAGAUUCACAGUAUCGCUCUCUCCUCCUUUGCCUCCAUUGUGGGACCUUUUGGUGGCUUCUUUGCCAGCGGCUUCAAAAGAGCUUUCAAGAUCAAGGAUUUUGCCAACACUAUCCCGGGUCAUGGUGGCAUUAUGGACAGGUUCGACUGCCAGUACCUCAUGGCCACAUUCGUCAAUGUCUACAUUGCUAGUUUCAUCAGGGGUCCAAACCCCAGCAAGGUGAUCCAGCAGCUCCUGGCCCUCCGAGCCGAUCAGCAGCUCCACAUCUUCAACUCGCUGAAGGCUCACCUGACAGAGAAAGGCCUGCUGCCGGCGCUGGAGGAGGCGGCCGCAUAGAGACACCCACAGCAGCUGGCCCUGAAGGGAGCAGGGAGGCAGAGAGGAGGGCAGCACCCGGGGGCUCCGUGCUGCCCCGGAGCUUUGGGAGACUCGCAGUGCUUUGUGUGAGCGAGAACACAUCCAAGAAAACCACAAAAAACCACAGCCUUGGGCCAUUCCAUUUCAUUUGGGUAUGAGAGUUGUGUUUGUGUUCAUGCAGUCUGUGAAUCAUGUUUCUGACACUAGUGUUUUCAGGUUGAGUUUGUGAGUUACUGUACUGUUUUCCAUUAUAGUCAGCUUCUAUCUGUUAACACUGUUAAACAAAAAGUUGGUCAGCUGUACAUUUCUACCUGUAUACAGGAUAUCCUCUAUAUACCUAUUAAUGUGUGUUAAUAUUUUAUGGUAUGUGUUUUUUAUUAUUUGAAUGCACUGCUCUCAACCCUGUUACUCACUGUAUUCUUACUUCGGCUGCACCUCCCCUCCAAAUUUCACUUUUAAUUUUCUUUGUUGUGAUUGUUCCUAUUUAUACAUAGAUGGUUUUAUAUUUGGUAUGUUCUAUUAUAUCUUAAUGUUGUGUCUGUUUUAUUUGGACUGAAUUCACUUUUGCCAUCUGCACUCGUGUUUCUUGUGUUUUUUCUUCCUCUGCCAUCCAUCAAGCUUGGCCAAAUCAUUACCAUUCUACUAUCAUGCUGAAAUAUAAAGUGAACAGCUAUAUGACACUCAAGUAUUUAAAACCUGACAACUGUUUUGUGUUGUAAGGAGCAGUUUAGUGUUGCUGCAGACAGAAUAGUGUUUGAUUCUGAAUCAGUAGGUAUCUCUGAAGGCCAGUGCGAUGGACACCAGCACCCCUUUCAGCAUAACAGCCACAAUCCAUCCUGGUUGCUGUUUAGUGGAUAAAGACAAAGCUUCUCAGAGAUGGAACAGUCACGUUUUAUUUUUGUGAUUCACUUUCUGUGUUCAUGCUUUGUAUGUCUAUCAAGGAUCUGUUCCAGCUUUUACACGUGUUCAGCGAGUACUGUUGAGUUAUGGUUUGUCACGCUGCUGGGCUGGGACUGUUUGUAACUGUAGGGUACAACGAUGGCUUCUGCACUGCCAUUAUCUGCCUCUGUGUUGUAACCUUGCCAUGUUAACAACACAGACACAGCAUAUGUUACUAUAACUGGUCAACUUGACCCGUUUGAGUGAAACCUUUGCUAUAAAAUGGCCAAUAGCGUUCUCCUGCAUGUGUUCAGGUUGGACUCUGCCAAUACAAUCAGCUGUGUACAUAUCAUUGUUCAUUCCCAGAUGGUUUACAGCGGGAUUCUUUGAUAUUUAUGCGACUGUCAGGUGUAUGUUUGAUUUCAUGGUGAAAUAUAUUAGCUGAAACUUCGUUCCUGUUGGCUUUCUUUCUGUUUGUCAAGCUUUCGCAAUGAUGUCACUCACAGUCCGUAGCUUUGUUGGUUGAAGUUAAAGGGCCACUGUACUCAUUUCUAUGAAUAAAUAUCAUAGAAAUUUGUUUUUCAUUAGCAGGAAUACUCAACAGCUCCUCCCUGAUUUGUAGUCUCUUGGGGACCUCAAAUUUUGGUGGAAAAAUGUGAUGAGGAAUAAUCAGGUUAAAGAUGCUGUUGAGAUGCAUUUUGGGAAGUGUAGUAUUGAUGCACUGUCUCAGCCUCAAUUUGGACAGUUCCUUUUUAGUCUGACUCUUGUAAGCUCCCCAACUUUAAGGAAGUGCAGUAGCUCCCUUUAAACUGCCAGAACAAUCUGUUAUUUUGAAUUUUUCCAACAUGUCUUAUUGACACACUUUUAUUUUUCUUUAAUUAUUGACUCAGAAAUUCACAAAAUGAAACAGUUGAAAAGCAUAUUCACUGGUAUUCAAGAUUUUUUUGUUGGUAUUGCUUUAGAAAGGUUAAGAAAAUUAAGCUUGUAUGUAAAUGUCUAAUAGAUUUCAAAAAGCUUAGUUUAUUAAUAUCAAAUGUGGCCAAUCUGCAAGAUUCUUUAUGGUUGUGAGGAAAAGAAGGUGCCAUAGACACAGAUUUGACUCUAAACAUUCCACCACACUUAUUAUUUAACCAAUCAGCAUUAUGUUUGUGCCUAUUUACUGUUGUGUUUCUAUCCAAUCAGAGGAUAGAAUGGAUUUAUCUUGGUCAGUGAAGCUAGAUCUAGGCAGAACUGUUUCUGUACUAAGUGUUAUAGGACAAAACAGCAAUAUGAACAUUCAUACAGUAGUCAGUGUAGCAAGAAUGUCAAGAUCAGUACUGAGUGUCUAAAUGCUAACCAUACAAAAUAACAUAAUUGUGCCAUUAUCUGUGUUCUGUAAUUGAUUCCUUUGCUUAGAAUCUCUUUGGAUUUUUCUUCCCACCUUAAAUUUCCUCUCAUCAGAUACUGUCCUCAAACAUGUCUAUAUUUUUAAGCAAAACAAUCUUUUUUUUUGUAACCCAGAAUCAGCUUGUGCUUCAUUAUGGCAUCUGUAUGAAAAAUUUGACCUCAGUAUUUUUCAUAGAAUGAACCGCUGUAGAAAUCAAGCAUGGCUCCACAUCUUGUUUCCCAUAUUUGAAUGUCACUUCAUUCAUAUGUCUGUCGAUGUCAUUCCAUUCAUGAUUCUUCUUUGACGUCCAACAGGUCUUAUUUUCAUCUUUCUUAAAGUAUUUAUUUUAUUUACUGUAAGCAAAUUCAACCUUUUCCAAGUUACUAUAUUGUACAUUUAUUAAGAAGAUGUUUAGAAACAUGUUGAGUGUUCUUUAGUAUUUUUGGUUAGAGGAAUAUUUAAAGUGUUAUUAUUGCCAUAUAGGAAAGAGUACUGAGAUAGCAGAAAAGUAUUUUCUCUGUUGUUUCUCGCUGUGACUUUAGUGCAGUUGGGUGUUUUCUAGGCUCUUCCCUGGUAGCUGUCGUGUGUCAACUUCCGCUUCACAGUGCAAGUUCAAUGCUUGUUACUUCUGAAUACUGUUUCGAGUAGUUUCCGGAAAGUAACUCGAGGGCUGGUGUCUCAGCAGUCGCAAAUAUCUUCACUGCCUCUGUGGUGAGUUUAGGUUUUUAGCUCUGCAGCUCUGUACUGCCACUUGUCUGGCUGUUGUUACGGACGGCCACUAGAGAGAGCUGGAGCUCCUGUGCUUGGCCGAUCCAAAGUAACACCGAUGUGGACGUUUGACCCUUUGUUUCUCUGCGUGAUACAUUCCAGCACCCCUGAAGUUGAGAUUUGCUCACAGGGAGGCAGAAUAUAAGGGAUAAACUUUCAGCAAAUUAAAAAAGGAAACCUGACUUUUUUCCUCCCAAGGCACCUCUGUGCAUUUUUAAUCAACACAGUGCCACUUUGCUGUAGUGCAUCCUGCCCAGCCAGGACCCUCUAAAAGGAAUGUAUGGGAGUUGUGUCUAUCCCACAUGCUGUGUAGGCUCCCCUUUGUGGACAUUUUAUUUUGUGGUUAUAGAUUCUCUUACAAAGCUGUAUGAUUUCAGUAUAUUAUUAUAAAACUGUGCAAUGGUUUGUGUUGAGUUGUCUAGAAAAAAAAAGCUGCACUCUUUGAUGCUGAAAUAUGCUUUGCCUUCGUUCAGAGAAAAUUAAAAUUAUAAAAAAUCA